UUCCUAUGUGUACUUCAGAUGCCUGAUUUUCUUAGUACAAAGCUGGUUGUGUUACUCUGCCUUUUGACUUUCCUAAGGGGUGAGCAGUUAAACUCAGACUCCUGCAUGGGCUUUGCAAGAAGCUGUCCUGGCUCCUCAGCAGCAGUCAGUGACAGCUUGCCUUGGUUUCAUCAGCUCUCUGGGGCUGUGUUUCACCAGGCCCCUUUGCCAGGGCCUCCCUGGCUGCGUCAACAAGUGUCUCACCUACUGCAGAAACAGCCCUCAAGUUUCAUCACAGUGAUGCUAAAAAAUAUUCUCCAGCUUCAGCAAUGACCUAGUUCAGUCAAGGGCAGGGGAAAAAUGCUCUUCUAAAACUUGCUUGGGCCUGGAGGUUUCCCUGUUAGGAAGACAUGAGCUGGUCUGGAAAGAGACCCAACUGUGCUUUGACCUGUUUGUGGAAAAGACUCUAUUUGAAUUCCUGUCCCAGGAUCAAGGACACCCAAUCAAUGCCUGACACACAGCGUGGGGAGCCCACCAUCGAGCCAGCCCUCCAAUAACAUCUCUUGGACACACAGUACUGAGAAAUUCGUGUGACAUGAAAGCAUGACAGACUCCGAAGGGCCCCAGAGACGCACACUAUGUUUUCUAUCUACAUUGCUUUCCCAGAAGGUUCCUGAGAAGUCAGAUGCUGUGCUUCGCUGCAUGAUUUCUGGUCAGCCCAAGCCAGAGGUCACCUGGUAUAAGAAUGGUCAAGCCAUAGACGAGUGUGGCAUUGCUUCCAGUUAUGAAUUCUUUGAGAAUCAGUAUAUUCAUGUGUUACAUCUCUCUUGCUGUACCAGAAGUGAUGCUGCCACUUAUCAGAUCUCUGCUAGAAGCUGCCUGGGGAUGAUUUGCUGCUCUGCCUCCAUCGAGGUCGAGUGCCCCGCAGAGAACCCACAGCAGCCUCCUAACCUGGGAGAUGGCAGGGAUGCAGGCUGGAAACAUGGAACAGAGACCUGUGAGAAGGGAUGCACAAGCCCAACCCAGGGGAAGGAACACCGCUCUACAGAAGAACAAAAUAUGUCCAUGGCAGCUCCAUCAUUCGGAGCUGAUUCCUCCCCACCCAACCUCAACAGCUUAUGCGACCCCCAGUUACUGGCCAAUAACGACAUUGCUGAAGCCAGGUCAGAAGAUCCUCUGGAUGAAGAAACACAGCUAGCAGCAGAGAUUUGUGAUCCAAAUAACACAGAAGAAAAUUUCCUUAAUUCAAAUAAUAUUUCCUCAAACCACCACAGUGCAGUACCUCCUCCAGUUGCACGGUUAAUGGAUGACAGCCUAAAUGAUGGCCCUAAUGACCAAGUCUUAACCUCAGGUCAUCAAAAGCCCAAAGCUCAGAAAUACAUCAGCUUCAGCCUUCCGCUGUUGGAGGCAGCUGCAAGCAUUUGCCCAGGUGAGAGCACUUGGAUCAACAAGCAGCCCAGUCCCCAGGUUUCCAGCGAGGACUCUGACAGCGAUUAUGAACUUUGUCCGGAGAUAGUCCUAACUUACACUGAGGAGUUUUCAGAUGAUGACCUGGAGUAUCUGGAAUGUUCCGAUGUUAUGACGGAUUACUCUAAUGCAGUUUGGCAAAGGAGCCUGCAGGGGAGUGAGCAUGUUUUUUUAUUAGAAAGCGAUGACGAAGAGGUGGAAUUCAGUGAGUGUAUCCUAGGUGGGUGUGAGCACUUCCUCCGUGAAAUGGGUUGUGGUCCUUGGGUGUCGGGUGACACAGGGCCUAUGGAUGCCACCACUGGCUUCUGUGCUUAUCAGUCACAAUCCCAAGAAGUGGGGGUCAGGAGCAGCAAUGCCUCCAGCCACACUCCACUGUCCCUGAGCACAGGGAUGGCUCUUACUCUUGGACCUCGCCAGGAUGGAAUGACUACGGUGACAGGGCAAGAGAGUUGUCCACUCCCCACUGCUUCUGAGGCUGCUGAGAAUGAUUGUCCAGGAAUUCAAGAAGAAACCAGAGACAGCCUCCAAGCAGGAGAGGAAUUUGCCAGUGACAAUCUGCAAGCUAUGGAUAAAGUGGCAACAGAGCUGGAGAUGAAGCCCUUGUCUGGGGGGUUGGAAAGGCCAGGGAUGAAGCAUAGUUUGGAGACCAUGGUGGAGGGAAAAGCAGAAGAAAAGGACCUAAGCAGCCAAAGAAGCAGCCAGAAAUCUGCCAGGGGGCGGCGACCCCGAGUGAAAGGAAAAGCCAGGAAGCUGACCCUGAACGAGAGUGCAGCAGCAGGCACCCGGAAUCCUCCUCCCAAGGGACCCACUCAGGCUUCACUGAUGCGGAGCCAUCAAGAAGAGGCUCCUCGUGCCACAGCAGGCAUUCCUGGCUGGAAUUCCCACUUCCUUGAGGGAGAAAGUGCUAUUUUGUCUCCUGCAGAGCAAGACACAAAAACCUUACAACCGUUGGCAGGCUGGCUGUCCAAGGAAGGGGACACAGCCUUCCAGGGGGAAAGGCUGAGUGUCAGUAACUUACUUGAAACAAGCCAGGCUCCAAACCAGAAUGACCAUCCACAGGUGCAAAUUCAGGAAACGGUCAGGGAAAGAAUCUCCCUCAGCCAGAUGCCAACUUUCUCGGAGCCUACUGGGGAGGAGCCUCCACUCAGAGGGACCACAACGAAUUUCCUCUCCAACACAGGAAGAAGCCAUGAGGAAGAUGCAUCAUCGGCCCAAUACUUGGAGGUAGAAAGCUGUCCCCAAGGUCCAGAGCAGGAAGAAAAACAAGACAGAGACAGCACCACAACUGGAGGUUCCUGGGCAGACCUAGAACAUGAGUUGAGCACCCCAAAAACUAAUGGUGGAAAUAUGGCCCUGGCUGUGCUUGCAGGGCCUCUCUCCCAAGAUGCUAGCGCUGAGCCCAGGGAGUCUGAGGCCUUCUCUGUUGCUUCCCCUGAACCCACAGAUACUGCCCCCACCUUGGAAAAUGUGUGCAGUGGGUUAAGAGACAGAGAAGCUGUGUGUGUGAUGGAGUGUUUUGAAGCUGGUGACCAAGGAACAUGUUAUGAUACCAUGGCUUCUCCUGCUGGAACACCAGUCGAUAAAUAUUUGCCUCAAGAUAUUUGCUCCAUGGACUCUGAGCUGACAGAAGGUCAAAGCAAAGUAUGUGAUUUAUGUUCUCCUGAUGACAAGACACUGGCAGUUCUUUUCCAAACACGAGAUCCUGUGCCUCCACAGUCCACAGGUGGCAGCAGCAAGGAUAGAAACACAGCAGUACCCCCUCUUUUGGUCAGUGCUUUUACCUGGAAUGUGUCACAGGAGGCCACCAAAAGUGGCUUAGACAAGGUGGAGGAUUCUGCUCCUAUCUUGUCCUCUGUAGCAUCAGCUGGCUGGGAAAGGCGGAGCCCACAGCACUCAGAGGUGCUUGCAGGAGCCCAGUCCCUUUCUGUUGAGAAAAAGUCCUUUGUACACAUUGAACAAGGUGGCGAGAUUCCUAUGACCUGUGCCUUAAUCACCGUAAACACACCAGCCAGUCCUAGUUCAGUUGUAAAUUUCCCUCAGGAGAAGCUAAUGGCAUUAACAGCUAAUGCUGAAAGUCUACAGGAGACCAGAAAGACUGAGGACAUAUCAGCUGAUAUUAUUGCCACCAAAAGUCACCUAGCCAAAUAUACUGUUUCUGUGAACAACCUUCCAAGUGGUGCACAGGAGAACUCAACAGGGGUGCCAGAUGAAAAUGACCUCAAAUUUCCUUCCAACGUACAGUUGGGUCCCAUUUUAAGUGGUCCCACAACUGAAUCUAUGAAAGAGCUACUUUGCUUGCCCCCCAGUGUGCCUGGAGUCUGUGGCAGCCUUGUUCCACUGCUCGUGGAGGGAGAGGGCUCCUGUAACAAUUCCUCUCUUCAGACUGAUAACCAGGCUAGAAAUGAGAGCCAGAUUGUGGUCAGAGUAGACAGAAGCCCUGAAGAGGAUUUCCAAGAAAAAGGAAGUGAGAUGGAGAAGGGACUCCAACCAAACAGCCAGUCGCUCCAGAGUUCUUCUUUAGCAGAUGAUUUCCAAGAAAGUUUGUUCCCCACUUCUGCGACACAAGACGAAGCUAGCCUGGUGCCCUUUGAGCACUCCCUAGCAAACUGCAGAAAGGAAAGAGGACAUAUAGCAGGUGUGGGGACCAGUGUUUCCACGGUAGCAGAAGCAAUGGUAGAAAAAGACAGCCAGGCACUAAGCAAUAUUCUGUCACUCUCUGAAAUCCUGCAGGAGGAAUCUGAAGAGACUGGUCCAGGACAUUGGAAAGCAGACAAAAAGCUGAAGAUUAUAACCCUAGAGGCUUCAGUUUCUGAAAUCUGGCCACCAACACAAGUAAUGGAACUUGAGUACAUGGAGGCAGGGCCUAGUCCCAUACUCCCUGAUGGGCCCUGGGCUCUACCUGAGGCUCCACAGGCAGAGGCUUCCUUAGCAGAACAGGCUCACACAGACACAGAAGUCUUGGUUCCCAGUCCUUGGGACAAGACUGGUCCAGCCCUUGCGGACCACAGGGAAACCUGUGAGGGCAAUGUUCUCACUUGUACCACAUACCAGAGGGGAUCUCAGGAUCUGAGCCAGCCAAGCUUCCUGGAGUCAUCUGUGGAUGCUAUUGGUGAAAAAGAAUUGUGGGUCACAGAUUCGUUAUCAGAGGCAUCUGGAACUGGGUGGAAGGGAAAUGCUAAUAGUGUGAGUCAAGCCCAGGAGGAAACCCAGGUCCAGGCAGAUCACUUAGCCUUCUUUAAACAGUUUCUGGCCUUCCCUGGCAUCCUGGAGUCCUCUGUCGAUCCCACUAAUGACACAAGUACGGUGGAGCACCCUGGGGCUGAGAAACUAGAGCCCUCUGAUCUCACCCUGGGGGUCUCCAGACAGGGGGGAGAAUUGACUGAUGGAAAUUUGGACCAGAAAGUAGAAGUCCAACCUGCCAUUCUGCAAGUUCCAUGUCCCCCAAACGGUGGGGGGACCAUUCCAAAUGAAAACAGAAUCAACCAAGACCAAGUAGACAGCAAGGGAGAAGAAGCUCAACAGAGUCAUUGCAGUGAAACAGAAGUGGAAGCCCAGGCUGCCAUCUGGCAAGACCCAUGUCCUAAUGCAGCUGAGCAAGGAAUUCCAAGUGCAUGCAGCAUGGGCCCAAUACAGGUGGGCAGCGACAGAAGCUCAGAGGAGGCGGACCAGAGGAAAGAGAACAAAGCAGUGUGCGUUUCUCCCACUUCAUCUCCUGCUAACUGUCUUACAAGAAUGACUCAGAUGUCUAUUGAAGUUGAUUCUCAUGGAUCCACAGGCCAAAGUCACGAUGACUUGACUGAGCCCAGUAGCCAUCACUAUGAGUUUCCUGACUCAAAGGAAAGGGCAACUAUUGAGGACAAGUGUAGGAAGCAUGUGCCCUCUUCUAGUGGCCUUAUGCACCUGCCUGGCUUCACAUCUCCUGAAGGGAACACCACACACUUUCCCAUAAGCUGCAGAAUUGCGGAACUGAAAGGAGAGGAGCCUCAAAGCGGGGGACUCAAACUCUCAAGCUCAUCCGGCUCCACCUCAAUGACUUCGGCUUUCAUUUCAAGGGAAUGUGAGUCAGAGGAAUGCCCUGAGUUCCUGCAGGACCCGUGGCAGAAGGGCUCCACCUUGAUCAGUGGAGAAAGGCCAAGGGAGGAGAAGCCCAGCCAUGUGGCCACACAGAUUGGCAAAGUACUGGGGGCUAGAUUAGCAGUGCCCGGAACAGAGGAGGUCAAGAAGAAGCAAGAAACUUCAGGAAGUGGACAUUUAGCUGAGGGAGUAAAGAAGAAAAUACUGUCCAGGGUGGCAGCCCUGAGGUUGAAAUUGGAAGAGAAGGAAAAUGUCAGAAAAAACUCCAGCCUUCUUAGAAAGAUUCCUAAACUAGAAAAAUCAUUGUCACGCACAGAUGAGAAAAAAGACCCAAGAAAGGUACCUUGCAAAAGAGAAGGGAAAGCUCCAGUAUUACUGAAAAAGAUCCAAGCAGAGAUGUUCCCUGACCAUUCUGGAAAUGUAAAAUUGAGCUGCCAGUUCGCAGAAAUUCAUGAAGAUUCUACUAUCUGGUGGACGAAAGAUUCCAAGUCAAUAGCCCAAGUGCAGAGAAGCGCAGGGGACAACUCUGCCGUGUCUUUGGCCAUCGUUCAAGCCAGUCAGAAGGACCAGGGUCUCUAUUACUGCUGCAUCAAGAACGGUUUUGGCAAAGUGACUGCUGAGUUUAACCUGACAGCUGAAGUUCUCCAACAGCUCUCCAGCCACCCGGAUAGUAAAGGAUGUGAAGAGAUUGAAUUCAGUCAGCUCAUCUUCAGAGAAGACUUCCUCAAUGACAGCUACUUUGGGGGCCGCCUGCGUGGCCAGAUUGCCACAGAGGAGCUGCACUUCGGGGAAGGCGUGCACCGCAAGGCCUUCCGCAGCACAGUGAUGCAGGGCCUCACGCCUGUCUUCCAGCCUGGCCAUGCCUGCGUGCUCAAGGUGCACAAUGCCAUAGCCCACGGGACCAGAAACAAUGAUGAGCUAGUCCAAAGGAACUACAAGCUUGCGGCCCAGGAAUGUUAUGUUCAAAAUACUGCCAGACACUAUGCCAAGAUCUAUGCUGCAGAAGCACAGCCUCUGGAAGGCUUUGGAGAAGUACCAGAGAUCAUUCCUAUUUUUCUUAUCCAUCGGCCUGAGAACAAUAUCCCAUAUGCAACAGUGGAAGAAGAGCUGAUUGGAGAAUUUGUCAAGUAUUCCAUCAGAGAUGGGAAAGAAAUAAACUUCUUGAGAAGAGAAUCAGAGGCUGGUCAGAAAUGUUGUACCUUCCAGCACUGGGUCUACCAGAAAACCAGCGGCUGCCUCCUGGUCACAGACAUGCAGGGUGUAGGAAUGAAGUUAACAGACGUUGGCAUAGCAACGCUGGCUAAAGGGUACAAAGGAUUUAAGGGCAACUGUUCCAUGACAUUCAUUGAUCAGUUUAAAGCACUACACCAAUGUAACAAAUACUGUAAAAUGCUGGGACUGAAGUCGCUUCAAAGCAACAACCAGAAACCGAAGAAGCCAAGCAUUGGGAAAAGCAAAGUUCAGACAAACUCUCUAACAGUGAAGAAGCCAGAGUCUGGGGCCCAAGUAGAAAAGAAAAGCUAGCAUCCCUCAGAAACUAGCUGCCACUAGCUAGCAGAACACAGAUGUGAGUGAAAGCCUGGAGACACACAGAAGGAGGUAGCAUAGGCCUGCAGGGAGUGUGGCAGUCCUUACUCCCAGCCACUGGAACCCCAGGAUGCUUCUGUCCUUAUCACCUGCUAGCUAAUGGAAUGAUCUCAGCAUGGCACUGGUGACCAGACUGUGGAGACAUUGCAGAUGAUGUCAGCGUCAAAUACAGCCCCUUCUCCUUUGUGUAUACAGCAUCUCAGCCAACCUCACGUCUGUGUCUGUUUGUGUAUUUGCACAUGGUUUUGUUGUCAAAGACAGUGCUGCGCAGGGUCUGUCCACAGCCCAGAUCCUGCCUGCCUCACUGCUUGGCUCAGGGUUCCAGAACUAUCCAGCUGUGAUUUGAACACCACUCAUCAACGUCAAGAUUUGCACGAGUGUUGAGUGCGCUGCUGUUGCUGGAAGAGGCUUCUGAAGUGUAAGGCCACUUCCACCCUUAUUCACACAGUCACUUAUAAUUUUUUGUUGCAUUAAAUUCAUAGUGAAA